AUGAAUGUUUCUACGCGCUUCAUAUACCUUAGAACAUGAAAAUUGACCGUUUCUGAUUUUCAGUUGACAAACGAAAUUGGCUACGACGGACAUGCAACAUUCAGUAGAGAUGGAAGCAAAAUCGUUUUCGAAGCAUCUCGACCGAAAACUGAUGCGGAAUUGGAACGUUACACGAAGAUGCUUAGCUAUAAUUUGGUGUCGCCUAAAGAACUCGAGCUUUUCGUGAUGAAUGCUGAUGGAUCGAAUGUUACGCAAUUGACCCACCUCGGUGGUGCUAACAUCUCGCCAUACUUUCUCAAAGAUGGAAAACGCGUUAUAUUCGCAUCAAAUCAUGCAAUGGACAGGAAAUGUUGCGAUUUCGCGUUGUACUUGAUCGAUUUAGAUGGAAAAAACCUUGAAAAGGUAACAGGCCAAAAUGGUAGUGCUGAUGGCUUCCCAACGUUCGAUGGAAACCAAAGACGAAUGAUUUGGGCAAGUCGAAGAAAUGGCACUCAUCAAGGCGAAACGAACAUUUUUAUCGCCGACUGGAUUGAUUAA